AUGAAGCGACGAACCAGCUCACCCGGCUUCAUUGCGGUUGCUCUCCCGCUAUCGAAAAUCGCAGUCGACUAUGAAAUGAAAAAUGACGAUCAGCAGGUCGACGACACGUUUCUUCGCUCUCAUCCUAACCAUACGAGAUAUGUAAUUACAGAACUUCUGCAGAGCGAUCUACACAAAAUUAUAAUUUCACAUCAACCUCUGUCACCGGACCAUAUAAAAGUGUUCUUGUACCAGAUACUUAGAGGGUUAAAAUAUUUACAUUCAGCUAGGAUAUUACAUAGGGAUAUUAAACCUGGAAAUCUACUCGUAAACAGUAAUUGUGUUCUAAAGAUCUGUGAUUUCGGCUUAGCGAGAGUAGAAGAACCCGACACUUCCAAACAUAUGACGCAAGAAGUUGUGACGCAAUACUACCGAGCUCCAGAAAUUCUCAUGGGGGCGAAACAUUACACAGCUGCUGUCGAUGUCUGGUCAGUAGGUUGUAUUUUCGGAGAACUGUUGGGGCGAAGAAUUCUCUUCCAGGCGCAAAACCCCGUUCAGCAACUGGAACUCAUAAUGGAACUGCUGGGCACCCCUUCCUUAGAAGACAUGAAAUACGCAUGUGAGGGUGCAAGGUCACACAUACUGAGGAGAGCGCCAAAACCACCAUCGUUGUCUGCCCUCUACACUCUGUCGUCGCAAGCAACCCAUGAAGUAGUGCAUUUGUUAUGUCAAAUGUUGGUAUUCGAUCCUGACAAACGAAUCUCGGUCGUGGACGCCCUAGCACACCCUUAUCUAGAUGAAGAGGAGAUGCACAAAUUCAUAGCGGAACAGCUGAACACGAGCCGGGUGCCUCUGUGCAUCAACCCCCAAUCUGCGGCGUUCAAGAGUUUCGCCAGUUCGACAGUCGCCCACCCCUCAGAAUUGCCCCCUUCCCCCCACCAGUGGGAAUCGCCUAGGUUGGUGGUGCGCAGAUAA